AGACUUGGAGGAGGAAUCGAAGAAAGAAGGAGAGACUUGGAGGAGGAAUCGAAGAAAGAAGGAGAGACUUGGAGGAGGAAUCGAAGAAAGAAGGAGAGACUUGGAGGAGGAAUCGAAGAAAGAAGGAGAGACUUGGAGGAGGAAUCGAAGAAAGAAGGAGAGACUUGGAGGAGGAAUCGAAGAAAGAAGGAGAGACUUGGAGGAGGAAUCGAAGAAAGAAGGAGAGACUUGGAGGAGGAAAUGAUGUUUAUUCGGACGAAGGUGGACUGGAGAUUGUCGUUGCUGUUGCUCGCGGCGAUGGGACGGAUCGGGGCGAGCGUGAAGGGGGAUGUUCGAGGGAAGAGGCAGGCCCUGUAUCCACCGCCCCUCGUUUAUCCUCUCGGCGGUGUUUUGAAGCUCGUGGUGGGGUUCGCGAUGCCGGUGCAGGUCUCGGGCCAGAUUUUGUCAUACGGCCAAAACAUUCAGUUUCAAUACAUGUUGCCAAACAACGCCACCUUCUUCACCAACUACUUCGAAGACUCGUCACGAAGACGACGUAGAGCGGGUUGGAGCGAGAGGCUCCCUGUAUACGACAUUCUUCAACGUGAACUUGACAUGCGUAACGUGGACGGGAAAGCUUGCUUGAAGAAAAAUAUCUGCGAAGCGGCAUCGACAUCGUUGAGGGACCAGGGAUUGGUCGGCGAAUUGUUGCACUUGUUGUUAACGCCGGACGAAGGAGACGCUUUCACGAUGGACUACGAAUAUUUAGAAGCGGCCGCGCUUGGAAGAAGGGGGAAUAAUUGCUCGAUGAUUUAUCCCACGUGUCCUCCUGGCCAAGGAAUUUUAGACAGAAUAUCCACGAUUUAUUGAGUAUCGUAACGAUAAGAUGUUAUCGUUGUACAUUGUGCACACAAUAUCCAUCAUUAUUCGUUGGAGCGCACUCUCCUCAACGCCUCCAUUUUCUUCCUCGACCUAGUUACAUCCGGCCUCGCGCCCGGGUUACUGUGCUACGCUUCUCCUUCACCCUCUCUCUCUCCCUCUCUCCUUCUCUCUCUCUGCUUUUAUCAACCAAACCUUGAUGCACGACUGUUUUCGUCGUUACAUCGCAUCUCUGCUAUGCAAUAAACGGGUUGGCACGUUCGACUUUUUAUCGAGAAUUUUCUUGUCGAUUAAGAAUGCCGGCGAAAUAAUCUCAUUUCUCGAAGCACCCGUUUUAAAUUAAAUACGACACUCUUUGACGGAUCCGCCUCUCUAUCGAGUUCGUUUAAUCGCUCGUUUCACCCUUGGCGUCUUGGGCUCGCGUCGCGUUAAAGAGGAGAUUAAUCGACGAGAGGAAAAAAAUAUAUAUAUAUAUAGAGAGAGGGAGAGAGAAGGAGAAAAGGGGAAGGAAACUUUGUACUACAGCUCCGAGAUUAGAUUCAUAAAUACGUUGGGGAGAAGAUAAGUGUGCGUAACGCGGUACGCGGGAUAAUUUGUUAUUAAACCCCCGAGUUUUACGGGUAUUUUGGAUGCGCGCAAUGGAGUUAUUUCAACCGGAAGUUAAACCCAAGGUAGGUCGGUUUGAACAAAGUUGAUUUAACCUAACAGGGGCGGAUGUUAUGCGGGAACUAAAACUCGAGAGAAUUUUCUUAUUUCAACAUCAACAUCCGUAUUACCGCUUCUUUCGUCUUCUUUGAAAAUCCUCGUGCUUCGCCCUAUUUCUUCUAUAUUUUUUUUCUCUUUCCCUUCCCACUCUCCACCCCCUCCUCUCCAAAUCGUGUGUAGUUGACUGCAUUUUCACUCACGCCAGGUUUAAUGAACCGUUCGAAUAAGCGUAAUUCGUAUAUGUACAGAGAAAAUACGGAUUUUCAAAAAGACACGAAACGAAACGGAACGGAACGAAACGGAACGAAUUCUUGCCUCUCCCCUCUUCCAUUCUGCGAUAUUCGAUUCGCCGUUUGAUUGAAUUUGUA